AUGCGUCAAUGGCUUCAUGAUCAUCUUCAAAAUGGUAAAUCUUUCAUGGCGCUCAAAACAGAGUUGAAAAAGAACAUACACCGGUAAAAACUAGAAAAUCGAAUUAAGUUGAUUAAAAAGAACAGCGUUUCUGUCUAAAAGCAUCAUGGCACCAGAGUGCGUUCAAGUCAAGAUUGAUAUUGGACACAAAUCGGUUUGCAGAACAGACAAAACAGAGGAAGGUUACACACAUGAUUGGGUGGUUUUUGUUAGAGGCACAGAUGGCAGCAGCAUAUCACACUUUGUGGAGAAAGUCGUUUUUCAUUUACAUGAAAGUUUUCCAAAACCAAAAAGAGUCAUCAAACUACCUCCAUACAAAGUAGAAGAAUCUGGUUAUGGCAGCUUUCUCCUUCUAAUCGAGAUUUACUUCAAAAACAAAGAGGAACCGAAGAAGGUGAAAUUCGAGUAUGAUCUAUACUUACAACUGGUCGGCAAUCCACCAGUCACCAAUGUUCGAGUUGAAGUUUUAACCUUCACCGAUCCAGUUGAAGACUUCAAAAAGAAACUACUUAAAGGUGGGGGUAUGGUUGUCCCAAUGAGCGGAAUGAACCCCCCAACAUCUACCAGUCCCAUGGGCGCUCCGGCUCUCCCACCACCAGUUAGCAAGCCAGAAGCUACGGUGAACCCCCAGCCGACAUUUUCUCCACCAACUGCAUCACCCCCACCUCAUCCUGUAAAUAAAAACCAAAAGAAAGCCUCGCCGCCCUCCUCACUGCAACAGGCAAUCACGCACGGCUCGAAGCCGCCGAAACUUAAAGAGAAGGACACGACUCUACAGAAUUCGAACAUGGCCGUGAAAAGGUCAAAUACUGAAGAGAUUCCUCCUACCCAGAAGUUAAAGAAGAAAAAACUCGAUAAAUCGUCCGAUGGCACUUCGAAAACGCUCCCUAAAGAGGUGUCAAUAUUAGGCCAAUCUGAUGAUAAGGCGAAGGCGAAGACGCAACCCCUGGUCGCAAAGAAGGCUGAAGAGGUGAAAGAGAGGCGAAAAUCGAAUGAUGCUGGAAUGAAUGCAGACAAGUCAAAAUUAGCAAAGGCUGGCAAGGAGAGUAAAAAGGAAGGGGGCAAAGACAUUAAAGGAAAAGAUCUUAAGGAUAAAGGCAAGAAAGAUAAAAUCAAGAAAGGAGAAGGUGCAGAUGAACCGAAAGUGCAGAAGCUAACAGUAAAAAGAACAUCAACAGAUGCCUGGGCUAGCACGUCGAAGAAUAUUGGAAACAAAGACAAUGUGCUAAAUGCUCUCAUGUCAGAAUUGAGAGCGGAUAAUUCAGACAGCGACCCGGAAGACCUAGAGGAUUCAUUGCCCCUAAGUAACAAGGUUUUGAAUCAGGAUAACAGUUCCAAUGAUAAAAUUCCUUCCAAUAAAUCGAAAAAGCUUAGCAAGACCAAGGGCGCACCAAAUACCGCACCUGGUACAGACAGUUUGAAAGUUAACGGGACGAGGAAAAAGGAUACUUUGAGUCCGCAAAACGGUAAAACUGGAGGUGACACAAAUCCGCUGGUGGAACUUUGGAAGAGGAUAUCGACAACUGAAGACCGCGAUACGCUGCAAAGGAUUGUGGACAUCGUCGAAUCCACUGGAAAAUUUGAAGUAACUGACUCUACAUUUGACUUUGAUUUAUGUUGUCUGGACACUGAUACUAUCGAGAAAUUACGCGAAAGUCUUGCGAUAAGAUAGGGAAUGGCUUUUGAAUCACACUCGUAAUUUUUUAAAGUUGAGGUUAGAAGUAACUCUUUCGAAGUUUUAUGGAAAAUCUUUGCGAAGUUUUAUAAGCAACAGUCGAAAUUGUUUCGACCUUAUUCUGAACUGGUGGCAGAAAAUUACGUCAUUUUCCGAAAAGGUAAACGCUCUUAUAAAGAAUCACAGGUUAGGUUCUAAAACUGGAAAUUUGUCCCGUAAAUGUAUUUUAUUUUGAAACGCAUAAGCGGCAGUUUUUAUCUGAUGCCAAUGAAAUUUUAUUAUAUAGGGUUUAUUAUUCAUAAUAUAUGUGAAUCCGUUCGUUGUUCAUUUUUUUUCGAAGCUAUCUGGAAAUAAAUUGCAGUUUUCAAGGCACGCACUCGUCUAACUUCAAGCAAAAUCUUAACGAAGUCAGUUCUUAUUAAGCGUAUCUAACUAUAUGUUUAUAAGGUUGACUUCGGUUGCUCAAAACACUUGAAUGCAGUUAGCUUGUAUAGGCCAUCUCGAAGUUCGCGACGCCAUGAUGGAAUUCUAUUGUGCUAUAGCUAGUUCCAAUCCCCUAGGUGGAGUAAGCCAGUGAGAAAUUCAUGGUGAAUAGAAAUCGCUCUUCUAUUUUUUGGCCGUGAAACCUCUUUAGAGUAGAGAAAUAUUUAAUUUUAGAAUGAAAUUCUGAAUUUCGUUUAUUAAAAAUCGACCUUGUUUGAGCUACAGAGGAAUUUACAAAUCUCGAUUAUAUGAGCCGCCAUUACGUUUAUUUCCCCACUUGUGUCAUGGCGUCGUGAACACUGAGAUGGUCUAAAUCUUCGAUUUCAACUUUCAUUGCGUGAGUUUUUGUUACUUUUGCGUCAAUCAUAUUAGGCCCUUUUUCAUAACUUUCGAUAAAUAUCAAGUUGCUUUCACAGAUAUACCACAAACCUACCUUAUAAUUUCCAUGUCAGGAUCUUGAAUCAACUUUGUUUCAAGAACUUCUUCUCCCUGAACCAUUUUCUGUAGGCCCUUUCGGCUCAUUCAACGUCACCUCAAAAAGCAAUCAAACGUCCGUUAGAUUAUUUGUUGAAAUUGUAACCGUAGUCAAAGCUCUCUCUCCCCCUAUCAGUUUUUUUAAUCAUAAAAUUAUUGAAUUUUAUAUUUUUAUCAAUUUUGUUAAAUUGUUUUCUUUAGUAUGUUAGUUCCUUAAUGCGAUUAUUCUCGACAAAUCAGUCAGUUAUUGUCCGAUGAUAGCCCUCCUUUCUAAUCAUUUUGGUCCUUGGAUAGUUGUAAAGUUCACAAGAGUAUAUAGUUUUUGCAAAAUUUUGCCGUAAAAUUUUUUUGCAAAAUUUUGUAAAUUGUUGAUAUUCGGCACUUAAAAUACUCGUGCCGUCACUAUGCAUUUACACAAGGGUCAUCAACCUUGUACUAUCCUCGAAUAGAAUUAGGUUGACCCGGGUACUAAAAGAUUCCCAUAUGGCGCGAAACCGGUGCCCUUUUGGCGCGAAAGUCUAUUAGCGUUAAGUAAAGCUUAUUCACACGAUUAAAAUCGCUUUGUCGUUUGUAUGUAGGCCCGAUUAUAUUAAAAGUUUUGUUGUCUUUGUAGAUUGUCAUAUCUCAAAAAUGUACGUUGUUUCAGGGUAGCAGCAGACUAUAUACAGCAUAUUUGCAAGGGUUAAAGAAUCAUGUCUCCCUCAUUUCUAGCACUUUGACAUUGAAGAGGCCAGAGUAUUUUAUCAUGUUUCGUUACACAAUUACACCAAGAGCAUGCUCGAACUGUUAAACUAUCCAAAUAUAAUGUUAAGCAUUUUGUCCCGAUAUUGCGUUUGAUUCCAAACUUGAUCAAGUCCAUCCUAUUUUAGCCACUUUUAGGUGACUUUUACCCUUUUUUUAUAGUCAUUAACAGUGCAACAAGAGAAAAUUAUUUUGUCUAGAAGUUUUUCUUCAUUAAUGGUCUAGGAGUUACUGUAUUCCCCAAAUUUCCAAGAAUUAAGGCACAAACUUAGGGAAAUUGGAAAAAAAUUUCCGAAAUUUACUUUGAAUUCUAUAACUCUACUACAGCAUGUCGCCAAAAAG